UAGAACUAGGGUUUGCAGUGAAGACGAAAUGGCGAUUUUUACAGAUUUCAAGUGAUUUCGAUUGAUUUCGAGUGAUUUCCAUGUUUAAUCCUAAGGUUUCGUUAGAUCUACCACUGAAACCAGUUUGAUAAGAUUGAUAACUUUAAUUUUGUUUAUUGGAAGACAAAAAGGACCAAAUCGAAGACAAAAAGAACCAAAUGGAAGACAAAAUCAAGAGAUUAUCGAGACACAGUAAGAAAUGGUGGGUUCUGUAGGAGGAAUUUUUUUUUUCCCCACUAAAGAUGGAUAUCUGGCUGAUUCUCAAAGGGUAAGAAAGAUACUCGUUUGAAUAAGAAGAGAGUUGAUUGUGUGUUGGAGGAAGAGCUUGAUUGGUUAUCUCAGCUAAAUAAGUUUAAUGAGACAGGCAGAGUUAUUGAAUUGGAUGAUGAAGUAGCAGAUACUGCAGUUAAUGAAGGUAGUAUGAUUCAGUUGCAGGUGCUAGUACAGGGUUUAGAGAUGAUGAAGUAGCAGAGACAACAAUUAAUGAAGGUAGUAAAGGUGUUAACUCAGUUGCAGGUGUUGGUACAGGGGUUAGGAAAGUUGUUAGGAAGAAGGUUGCUAGUAAAAGUGGUAAAGGUGUUAGUAAAGGUUCAGUACAUGGUGAUGUAAAUGCUGCUGAAGUACAUGAAGCUGUAAAUGUUGGUUCAGUUAAUGAAGAUGUAAAUGCACAAGUGACAGGGUUAGUAGAUGAUGUAAAUGCAGUAGAAGGUGGUCACUCAGGUGGAGCCUUCACAACCUCAAGAUUCAGUGGUACCACCAGCUAGACCAAGACCAAACAUUAAUAGUUGUGAUCCUGAAGAAGGCUACCAUUCUGACUUUGAUGAGGAACCUGAAGAGGAGGCAUUCCCAGAUGAGGAGGAAUUUGAAGAUGAUCUUGCAACUCAGAUCAUAAAUGUUUUAAGGUCAACUGCAGAGUACAAGGCAUAUGGUAAGAAAAGUGGAAGAGUUUAUGAGGAAGAAGAGAUAAAUAAGUGGAAUACUGAUACCACUAUACUGGAUGAGUGUUGGGUAGGACAGGAAUGGGCCACUUAUCAGCACUGUAAGGACUAUAUCAAAGAUCAACAAAUCUUCCAAAACUUUGAUAUAAAGCAACUGAAAAACACUCGUGUCAAACAGUCAUAUGAAUGUGUGCACAAGAAAUCCCAAGGCCGUAAGCGGAAGAUAUAUUGUUCAGCAUAUGACAAGACUUCUUUUAAGUGUAAAAGUGGUUGUUUUGAGCACACCUGUUCCACUACCCAUGGGAUAAUAAAUCCCAUUGCAAAAGAAAGAUGCGCAUUUAGAAUGAUGUUGGAGAAGUUUAAAGAUCACCCAAACUUCAAACCUAAAGACUGCCAGUCAGAAAUCAAGUUGGCACAUGGAGUGCAGAUCUCAUACAUGACUGCAUGGCAUGCUAGGUAUCUCUGUAUAGAGAGGGUGUUAGGUAAUUUUGAAGAGAGUUACAGUUUUCUCCCUGAGUUCUACAAACAACUUCUGAAGAAAAAUCCUGGUAGUGUUGCUGCUUGUAAAUGGGAUGCAGAUGGCAAGUUUUUGAAUUUUUGUAUCGCUUACAAAUGUAGCAUAGAUGGAUUUAUAAAUGGAGGUAGACCUUUGUUAGGGUUAGAUGGUGCUCAUCUGAAUGGAAAGUAUGGUGGUUUUGUAUUAGCUAUCAUAGCUUUUUUAUGGACACAAUGGGUUAUUUCCAAUUGCUAUCUUUUUGUGUAGAUCUGAGACCAAGGAAAAUUGGAUAGAACUUCCUAGAAUCAUGGCACCAUAUCUGAAACAGCACAAAAGGGCUUUGACCUUUAUUUCUGAUAGGCAGAAGGGACUUAAAGCUGGUGUUGAUGUAAAUUUUAGUGAUGUCAACCACUACCACAGGUAUUUCAUGAGGCAUAUAUGGAAGAACAUGAAGAAGUACCAUCCUGGACAACACAUGGAGAGUUUGUCUUAGAAUGCAGCUAAGGCAUAUACCACACCUGAAUUUGAAGGGUAUAUGGAAAGGAUUGGUGAGGCAAAGGAGGCUGCAAAGAUGUAUUUGGAGAAGGAAGAGGUGGAGCAUUGGGCUAGAAGAUACUUUGAUUUUUCAUGCAAGUGUGAGCACUUCACUAGCAACUUUAGUGAAGCUUUCAACUCUUGGAUUUUGGAUAUCAGGGGUCUUCCAGUAUGCAAGUUAUUGCAAGUUUCACCUCAUGAUGAUGAAGUUAAUGUUUGAUAGAAAGGAGCAAGGUGAAGGGUAUGUUGAUGGAGGUGUUGUACCAAGAGCAGAGAAGAUAUACAAGGAAAACAGAGACAAGGCUUGUUUUUUUAACAGAGUUCCCUCCACUCAACAUGAAUGGUCUGUUGUAGAUGCACAUGGUAACAGCUGGAGUGUACACUUGUUACAGCAUACAUGUGAUUGCCACUAUUGGAAAAUGACAGGAAUUCCUCGUCCACAUGUUAUACAAGCAUCUUUCUACAACAAAAAUGCUGACUGGAAAAUGUUGCUUGAUCCUUAUCACAGUGUGGCCAACUAUAGACAACAAUAUGCUGGAUAUGUUGGAACAAUGCCGGAUCAGAGAAGAUGGCCUAAGCCUCAGCCUGAUGCUGAAGGAAAGGUGUUCAAGGUUCUUGCACCACCAUUUGCAAGACCUCUUGGAAGGCCCAGAUCACAAAGAAGAAAGGAUGCUGAUGAGGGUGGCAGUAACAAAAACACCAAACAAUGUGGGAAAUGUGGUGUAAUUGGUCACUACAGAUCAACUUGUACAGGGUUAACAGCUGAGCAAAUUGCAGAGAGGGGAGGAGUUUCUACUGAUUUGACAGGUCCACAUAAGAGGAGAACAGCUGCUAGGGACUUUGAAAAUUCCAGGCCUUCACCUCCUAGUGAACCAAGAACCAUUUCUCCUGAAGACUUUUUAGUGACUGACCCUUCAACAAUUGAUACAAGUACUGCUGGUAGAAGGGGAAGAAAGAAAAGCACCAACAGAGGUGCCUGGUCAGCUGCUAACUAUGGUGCCAGCUCAGCUUCCACAUCAGCACCAAUGCAAGCAACAUCAGCUCAAAUUCCAACUUCAAUGCCAGCUAACACACCAGCUGAACACAAUUAUGUUGGUAUGCCAAGAGGUGGCAGUAUAGGAGGUAGAAGAGGUGGAAAUGCAGGUGGGAGAGUGGCCAGGGGUGCUGAGUAUUUGUUAUUUGGUGAAGGAGGUGUUGAUGGUGUGGAACCAACCUCUGUUCAACCAGUUUGGAUGCCACCAGGUACAUCCACAACCACCACUACAAGAGGAAGGAAUAGGGGAAGACCAACAAAUGCUGAGAAAAGAAAUAUGGUGCACAGGAGACAUGGGACAGUUUUUGGUGUUGGAAUUUUGAAUCCUAACGAUACUCUGAACCCACCAAGAGGAACUACACCUGUUUUUAGAGCACCGAGAGUUCAGGUGGAACCACAGGCAGCAAUACCACAAGUUACGGAACCAGAUCACCAACCCACUUCUCUGCAGAACACGUGUAAUCAAUAGAGCUGAAGGUGUUGAAAGAGUAAUAAUGAGAACUGGUGGAUGCAGGACAAGAGGUGGAGUUUUUUCUAACAUACCAAGGGGUGGACCAUCAUCAACACAACCACACAAGAGAAAGGAACCUGUUGACAGUCACUCUUCACCAGUUAGAAAGAGCAACAGAAUUUGUGGUGGGCAAGGUAAGAAAUUGAAUGGUCUUAGCAUUGACCUCACUGAGGAUGAUUGAAUCUCAUUAGCACUGAUCACAGAAUUUCAGUCACACUAAACAUAGUAUCCCUAUAUAUUACCAACACUAGUUUUAUUUAAAUGCUUUUGGACAUGUUUAAAUCAUGUUGUAUGAAUGCAGACAACUACUUUCAACUGUUUAACUAUUAAUGCAGUAUUAUGUUCUCUAUGAUCUUGUAUUACAUUCAUGGUUGUCUUUAUAGAUUAAGAACAUAACUUUCAUUCAUGGAUUAAAGUACAACUACAGGACACUAUAGAUAACAGUACAACACACUUGAAAACAAUAGGAAAACAUUACUAGAUAAACUUUACUAGAUAAAAGUUGUUGUAAAUAGUAAAGGCAUGAUCAUUAGGAUGCUUUCAUUCUAUUUCUGUAGUUUUUGCAACAUUGCAAAUGCUCCACACAGCUCACAGUGCAGGUAUGCCUCAUUCAUUGUAUCAGGUUGACAACUUUUACCUAAUUUCAUUAUGUUGUUGCAACCUGCAAUGCAGUCAAUGCCUUUCCAAGGGCAUGGAUUAGCAAAGUGAUCAUUAGCAUUGCAGCUGUAACAAGUAUUUUUCACCUUUACCUUAACCUUUGUUGUAAAUGCACUGCAUAUAUUAUUCAUAUCAUCAGAUUUCUUCUUCUUACUGGUAGGCGAUGAUUUCAUUAUUUGGUCACUGACCAUAGCAGCCUCAUGUGAUGCCAUAUAAUCCACAAGACUUAUGGCAUAUAUUGCACUUCAGAAAUCUGUUUUCUGGAUGCUCUCGUCUUGGAUACUCUGAUAGGCCUGGUUCCAUGACAUUCUUCAGUGGGGCAAGGUACUUUUGAGUCAUUUGGAGCAAAAGAAGGGGAAAUCAUCCAUUUGGAGCAUAAAACGCAAAAAGGUCAAUUCAUAGGCGAAUGAUCCAUGGAGCCGGUUUAGGUCGCAAGGAGUGAAGAAUGAACUGUCAGUUUUCUGAGACUGACAGGCCAAAUAGUAAUUGGAUAGCCUUUAUCCGAGUUCUGGGUGCCUAGAGUAAUCUGAAUACCCCUUAUCUGCUUCUCCCGAGUGGCUGUAUCAUUCCAGUUCUCUUACCCUAAAAUUCAGAGAAGAGUUUCUCUUCUCAGUAUUUUCUUUGCCUGAAAUUUAGUGUGAAAAAUAGGUGCAGCUACAGAGAAAUCGAUGAAGAGAUGUCGAGAAGAAAAAGUAAGAAGUGGAGCUGUUAACAGUAGAUUGAUUGUCUGCUGAUGAAUGAGAUGCCGUGAAUUACUGGAAGUUUUGAAAGAGAUCUGAAAAUUGGGAGAUUGAGGAAGUAACUGAAGUUGCUAAUGUUGAUGUGAACCAGAAAGAAAGGGGAUUUCGUGUGUUGAAUCUGGGAAUGGUUUUGAUUCUAAGAAGAAACAAAUGGGGUUCUGGUGAUGAAAUUGAUAUGGGAUUGAAUUGAGUUACAACCAUGGAUGGAUUAGAAUUGAUUUGAGAUAUUGCUGCCGUCGAUUGAAAGAAGAUGGUGGUUGUAAUGGGUUUGUGGUAGUGGAUCGAAAGAGUUGCUGUUGUAACUGAAAUAGAAGAAUGGGUAUUGUUGUUGGUGAUAAUCAAGGGUAAUUGAUGAAUUCAGAAAGGAAAUUGAGGCUCUGAAAUGGUUGAAUGAAUGGGUGAUUGGAAGGAAGAUAGAGAUUACAGGGUCAUGGUGGGUUUGAUGUGAAGAUGGGUUCGAAUUGAGUUUGAACCAGAAAUUGAAGAACGAUUGCUGCUGUAGCCAAUUUGUGAUUGAUUUAAGGAAACAAGAUCCUAAUAGUUUUCUGUAGAAGAAUAAGAACAUUUAGGGUUUGUGGUUGAAUUGAGAUUGGGGUUUAAUGAACUCCAAGGCAGAGAAGACCAAGGAUCUGUUGCUGUUCAGAUGGGGUUUGCAGUGAUGAAUUAGCAGAUGGGUUUCAGUGGAUUCAUGAAGCUGAAAAGGAUAAUGGAAUGAGUACUGGUGGUGUUGGUGGAACUCGAUUUCUGGUGAUUGAUGCUUAUGAAAUGGAAUCUGGUAGUGGGUUCUGAUGAAAUGGUGGAUUUGAGAAGUUAGAGCUGCAAUUCAGGCUGGUGAUGGCAAGAAUAUAAGAACAAGAAGAGUGAAUUGCAGCUGAAAUGGAAUUGUUGUGCAGCUGGGACUUGAGCUCUGGAGGUGGUGUAGCUGAACUGAAGUGAUAUGACUGAGAGUUGCAGCUGCAGUUGCAAGCAAAGGCAAAGCUGAAUGGGUAAAACUGAAGGCAGGCAGCUAAGCAGUAUUGCAGGUCAUGACUGAUUCAACUGGUGGUGCUGUCUUGAAGUUGCAAGUAGUUGUUCAAUGAGAAGUAGUAUUACGGGGUCGGAGUUUGAAAGACAUCUGAUGUUGAUGUUGAGAGCUUGGAGUUGAUGCUGUGCACUGUUGUUUUGAGAUUGACCUGAUAUAUUGCAGGUGAUCUUGGUGUUGGAUGAUGGUGACAGGUUCUGGUAGGAUCAUGAAUUUGGGUUGCAGUUGAAGGUUGAAUUAGAGAUGCAGCUGGUUAUAAAUCUUGUUGUGAUAUGUGUUGCCGCAACUAUGUAUUGUUGCAGUCGAGUUGAAGCGAAGAAUGUAUGAGGUUGUAGCUGAAAUUAUGGGGAAUUGCAGGUCUGGAUUGCAAUACAGAGUUGAUUUGAUGGCAUAAGGGUGGAGGCAUUGCAGUUAAAGAGGUGCAGGUAACUGGUGGUGAUGCUGUGUUGCAGGCAAGACUGAACUGCAGAAUGGUUUGUUGAGCAUGAAUUAAGCCAAGAAACAAGUGAACUGCAGUGGAGAUUAUGUGUGCAGCUGCAGAAUGGUGUUGGCACUGAUGGCCUUGUUGCAGCCUCUGUGUUGUCUGCAGGAUUGGGAAGUAUGUGUAUGUUAUUGAUGGGAACAGGUGGUAGUAGUGCUGUUGUAAUUGGUUUACAAGCUUGGGCUCAAGGGAAUGAUGCUGGAAUUGAAAGCACUGGUGGACUUAAGCGGAACUGGGAUUACAAAUGGAGUUAAAGCUACAGAUGCUUGUGCUAAUCUGAGGUUGCAGUUGCAGCUGUUGUAGCUGUGAGAGUUAGUGGAGUUAUGGAAUGAAUGUGUUGCAGGUGUUGGGAUUGGAAGAUCUGGGUUGCAGUUGUUGUUGCAAUCAAGAGGAGCUGAAAUGAUGCUGGUGGUAGUGUAGUAUGCAGUGACUAGUACUUGGUAUGAGGCAGUGAAGUUGGCAGUGUAGUGGACUGAGCUACUGAGAAGAUAUGCAGAUGAUGGAGGUGAUGUAGCGUCAUCUUGGCUGCGGUGAAGCUGUGAUGUGCAGUGAUUAUGCAAUGCACAGCUCUGGCCUGUGCAAGACUGCAUAGCUCAGGCCUAAGCUAUUCAGCCCAUUCAGCCUAAAGAUCUCAGCUGGCUCAUGGUCCGACUCUCUGGCUCACGUAACCCGGUUGACUCGGUGUGACUCACUGAGCUUGACCGUGCUGUCUCGGUUGACCGGUUACCGUAUGGACUUUGCCGGUCACCUGAGAUACUUAAUCCGGCCAAAUUCCGGCGUCGACACCAGUUUUCCGGAGACAUAUUUUUGGCAGAAUUUUUACGUGGGUGUUUCUAUGGGCUUGUUGGACCACUUGGACUUUGGGCUUUGAAGACCUAGUUUUGGAAACAAGGAGAGCUACAAAAAGGGAAGUUUUCUACUUCCUUUGGAUGACGUAUUUUUUUACUUGGAGUUUUGGAGGAGAGCGGUGAUUCUACUAGGGUUUGUUUUCGUAUAUUUUUCAUUUCUUUAUUUUAUGAAAAUGAUUAUGAUGAACUCCAUUACUAUGAGUAACACAAUUAUUAGUUAUGGGAUAAAAGUUGAUUUCUCAA